CAAAACAAGCCAUAAAAUCUAGUGAAUCAUUUAGAAAAAUCACUAGUUUGACGUUGGACGUCGUUGGAAACGUUACAAAAACAACUCAAAUAGCGGUUGCUUUGAAAUUAUUAAAAAAAGUGCAGUUUAUUGAAAAAAAAAAAUUAAAUACAAUUUAGAUUGUCAGUGAGAUUUGACAGCAUUAAGACUCAUUUAUAAUUUGGAUUAAAAUCUACAGAUAAUUAUAUAAAAACUAGACUUAAACCAAAAUGGCUAAAGCUCCCGCAAUUGGUAUAGAUCUUGGUACUACUUAUUCAUGUGUUGGUGUUUGGCAACAUAAUAAAGUUGAGAUCAUUGCAAAUGAUCAGGGAAAUCGUACAACACCCAGUUAUGUUGCAUUCAACGAUACCGAACGUUUAAUUGGCGAUGCUGCCAAAAAUCAGGUUGCCAUGAAUGCCAAAAAUACCGUUUUCGAUGCCAAACGUUUAAUUGGUCGCAAGUUCGAUGAUCCCAAAACUCAGCAAGAUAUGAAACAUUGGCCCUUCCAGGUGAUCAAUGACUGUGGCAAGCCUAAAAUUGAAGUAGAGUUCAAGGGAGAGCGUAAACGUUUCGCUCCCGAAGAAAUCAGUUCCAUGGUGUUGACAAAAAUGCGUGAAAUUGCUGAAGUCUAUUUGGGUGCCAAAGUAACAGAUGCUGUCAUUACUGUACCGGCCUAUUUCAAUGAUUCCCAACGUCAAGCUACCAAAGAUGCUGGUUCCAUUGCUGGUUUGAAUGUCCUACGUAUUAUUAAUGAACCUACUGCUGCCGCUUUAGCCUACGGCUUGGAUAAGAACUUAAAGGGUGAAAAGAAUGUAUUGAUUUUCGAUUUGGGUGGUGGCACUUUUGAUGUUUCCAUCUUAACCAUUGAUGAAGGAUCAUUGUUUGAGGUGAAAGCUACGGCUGGUGAUACUCAUUUGGGUGGCGAAGAUUUUGACAAUCGUUUGGUUAACUUCUUUGUGGAGGAAUUUAAGCGCAAGCAUAAACGUGAUUUAUCCGGCAAUGUUCGUGCCUUGAGACGUUUACGCACUGCCUGUGAAAGAGCUAAGCGUACUUUGUCUUCCAGCACAGAGGCUUCCUUGGAAAUUGAUGCCUUACAUGAAGGUAUUGACUUCUAUUCCAAGAUCACCAGAGCUCGUUUUGAGGAGCUUAAUAUGGAUUUGUUCCGUUCCACUUUGACUCCUGUUGAAAAGGCCUUGGCAGAUGCUAAAAUGGACAAAUCAACCAUUCAUGAUGUUGUUUUGGUGGGAGGCUCAACACGCAUUCCUAAAAUCCAGAAAAUGUUACAAGAUUUCUUCUGUGGCAAGCAGUUGAAUUUAUCUAUUAACCCUGAUGAAGCUGUGGCCUACGGUGCUGCCGUCCAAGCUGCUAUCCUGACCGGUGUAGGCAGUUCUCAGAUUCAAGAUGUUCUUCUAGUUGAUGUUACUCCCCUGUCAUUGGGUAUUGAAACUGCUGGUGGCGUUAUGACCAAAUUGAUUGAACGUAAUGCUCGCAUUCCUUGCAAACAACAACAAACCUUCACCACAUACAGUGACAAUCAAAAUGCUGUUACCAUUCAGGUGUAUGAAGGUGAAAGAGCCAUGACUAAAGACAACAAUUUAUUGGGUACUUUCAAUUUGACUGGUAUUCCACCCGCACCCAGAGGUGUGCCUAAAAUUGAGGUAACAUUCGAUUUGAAUGCCGAUGGCAUUUUAAAUGUAUCGGCUAAGGACAAUAGUACCGGUAAAUCGGAAAAGAUUACGAUUACAAAUGAUAAAGGUCGUUUGUCCAAAGCUGAAAUCGAUAGAAUGUUAUCAGAUGCUGAAAAGUAUAAGGAUGAAGAUGAAAAGCAAAGACAACGUGUACAAGCCCGUAACAACUUGGAGGGAUAUAUUUUCAGCUGCAAACAAGCCGUUGAAGAAGCUCCCGCUGGUAAACUCUCCGAUGCCGAUAAAACGACUGUGCGUGAUAAGUGCGCCUCGGAAAUGUCUUGGUUGGAUAACAAUUCUUUGGCCGAAAAAGAAGAAUUUGAAGAUCAUUUGAAAGACUGUCAACGUGUUUGUGGUCCUAUUAUGUCAAAAAUGCAUGGUGCAGGCGAUGCUGGCCAAAAAUCACAAGGCGGUCAGGGAGGUCGUGGUGGCCCCACCGUUGAGGAAGUUGACUAAACUAGAAUUUUAUUAUGAAUAUUGUUUUUUUUUCGAUUUUCCGUUUUAUGUUUAUCCUAUAUAUAAAAUAAUUUUGUAAUACAUACAGUUUUUUUUUACUAAACCAAGAAAGAAAUGAAGUUUUUGUU